UAUUUCUCCACAGGAUGGGUGGGGUGAAGGCAUGUGUGUCUGAGCAGACAAGGUAAAGUCUCCUAUUGGGAUUCAUGCUCAGGCAAAGAGCGGGCUUGAAUGGAAUCCUGCAGCUGUGACUCUGGACUGUAAACCAAAGAAUUUCUCAAUCUUGGAAAUAACAUUGGACAGUUUGUGAGGAUAAAAUGGAGACAAAUAGUGGUACCACAAAAAUCCUUGGGAAGGGUCCCGAAUACCUUCGGAAGCAAAUGGAACGUGAGAGUGAGACAAAAGGACGUAUAAGUGCUGUGGAGAGGUUGGCUGCGAGUAAACCACAGUACGUCAAAAGUCAACAAGUGGUCAACUCCACCCAGGAGCCAGUGAUCAGUCUUGGUUCAGCUUCUGUGAGUAGCACUGGGUCUUCUAACCAAAGCUCAACCCCUAACGGGAAUCUUGUCUCUGGGAGUAACUCAUCUGUGCCUAAAGGUGUUGUACAAGUCGGUUUACCGGUGCAACUACAUUGGCCCAGCUCCAAGAAAAGACCAGACUCUCGUCUGCUUUUCAGGCAGAAAUGCGACUUACUGCGAGGGUCAGCAGUCAAUGACCAGAAACACCACGUGACUGGAAAGCUGCCACUCAGUCUUGGGAAUAUACAUAUUCCAUUGCUUCAGGCUGCUGACAGGGAAUGUAAGUAUGAGGACAGCAAGGAAAAAAUCAGCACACCUGAGGGACAAGCAGGUAGCUUCCACAUUUCUCAGUCAGACAACAGGUCCAAUGGAGCGGCAGAAGAAAGCAGCAACAAGCCUUCAGUUGGUGGUCUUCUUGCAGUUCCUGAGAUUGAGUGGAGGUCUGGCAAGGGAGUGAGCCGUUCCCACUCGGAUAUCAGCUCCAGAUACUCCAAAAACUUUGCAGACUUUGAUGCAUUUUUUAAGUACUGCGGCCUAGACAGCGAGGUGAUUGAGUCCUUUGGGAGGGAGAACUUCUCAGCGUGUUCUGACGAGAAUGUGAUAAACAUUCGCAGCGUCAGCAUCUCUACGUCUGACGAUGGUUUUUCCAGGGAGAGUGGUGACAGUGACAGGCUUUUUGAGAAGGAGCUGCACAAAAAAACACAGCAAGGCACAUCAGUCAUUGAGCGCAAUGCACGUAUCAUCAAAUGGUUGUACAGCUGCAAAAAUGCUUCGGACACUGGAAAAACGUUACGGGACCUUAACUGAUUGUUCAAUAGAAGUUCCAGACUUUUUUGUCAGAGACUGAAAUGAUCGUGACUGACUUCUGUCCCUGCAUCCCUGCACAGUAAAUAUCUCCAAAUAAUGGGUUCAAGACUGCAGGAACACGUGUUGCCACCAUGAUGUCCAAAACUGUCUCAAGCACAACUCGACUGACAUCUGGGGAAACAAAAAAUGAAUUCCCUCAAACACGAAAGCAACUCAGAUAACAGCUUAAGUAGGUUCAUAAUCUGAUGAGUGCAUUCCUCCUUUUUCCAGGUGAAAGGUAUGCAGUUCAGUACACACACACACACACACACACACACAGACUCAGACAAAAGACAAACACAGUUAGUCAAAUAAAGGAAUUGUCAGCCUUUAAGACAAACUUCCUCCUUAAAUGUUACUGUCAUCAGAUGACAGUAAUAAAACAAGAAAGUGUAUUUAAUAUGAUUCUAAGUGAGCUAAAAAGCAGGACAAAUGUGAUAAUUUCCUUAGCCAAUCCAUCACCUGAUCCCUAAGAUGUGUGUGUGAGGAAUGCGGCUGAUAAUCUGAUGGGCUUAUGUCCAGCGACCCGUUGUAACUGUAUCUCCACUUACCUUCCAGUCUUCGUCUGCUUUGUCUCUUUAACACAUUCCCCCAUUUUCUGUAUCCCUGCCAUGUUUCUCUCAAGCUUCUUUGACCCUCAGAGGGUGUAAUAGAAGAUGGGAAAAACACAACUGAUUGACCAGGGGGCUUAAGCCGUAUUACCAUCUGCUGUUUUUUAUUUGGAAAUAUAUUAAGCUUACUAUUUUUAUGGUGUAAAUAGAGUAAGUAAAACUAUUCAACAGUUAUAGAGAUACUUUUCCCUAACUACUAAGGUUAUGCCAUAAUAAGUCACAUCCAAUCAUCUCUACUUGUCAGUUGCCAGGUCCUAAAGCUGGUUAAAAAACCGAUCAAUUAAAUCUCAGUGGCAUUAUGACUUUUACCACAUCCCAACUUUAAGUUGACUUUAAUCCUUACUUAUAUCAAAGUUUUAAACCACCAUUUCUUAAUCUUCUUAUCCAGACUGUGUAAAAUUCAAGCAAAGCAAUUAAUUACUUAAUGUACUAUUAGUGUGCCAUUCAUGAUAAAAGAUUUCCCCUAAUCACAAAACAGAAUAUGUUGCCUUGUUGGACGCAGCAAGGCAAGGUACGAGCCAGACUUUUUUGCAAAAUCAAAACUAACUUGUAGUUUAACUCGUCACUAAAGUAAAACAUGUCAUAGUAAGUUUUUCUUGUUUUGCCAUGUCGUUGUAAAGUGUUAUUUAAUCACCAGAAAAUCUACUGUGACAUCACAUAAGGCAUGAAGCAACAGCUUUAGUAAAGCAUUUUUGAGAAUUUCCAUUUGAAAUUUUCUUGUCCCCCUAUUUAUUUGCCUACCUUGAAAAAAAUUCCUUCUUUAAAGUUGUUGUGCCUCUUGUGAAGUCAGCAACCUAAGAAAGCAAAGGGUAGAAUCAGUAUUUUUACAUUUGUGUGCUUUUAAGGAACUUUGUACUUUGUGAAAUCCAGUUGAAAUCGAUAUUUUAUUGCCAUGGGCGGUUCUGGACAGGGACCAACAGGGUCCAGUCCCUCUGUAGAACUGGUCCUGACCCCUGUUUUGGCCCCUGUACUGCAUACUAAUACUAAAUCAAUUUCUUAUGAUGAUAUGUACUGGGGCAGAAACCUUAAUUUAUUGGUCCAUUAGACUAAUUUAAUUUUUUACCUUUACAGAUUCACUUUAACAACAAAUUAAAGAUUAAGAUGUUGCACUUUUAGCUUCAGCCUUAUUGAGAUACGAUCAGAGUUUUCAUCUGCUAGAUCAGGCGCCUGCAACCUGCAGCUCCAGAGCCGCAAGUGGCUCUUUGGCUCACCUAAAAUAUUAAACAAUAAAACAUUGCCCUGUUUAUAUAUAUGUUUUAUUCUUUACUCCCAUGAAAAAACAGCCCUGCCCCUUGGUAAAUUGGGUCUAGAACCGCCACUGUUUAUUCCCCAGCUGAGUUUUUAUUGCCAGUGUGUAUUUACUAUAUAAAAAAACACCACUAUACUAUCCUUUAUGGAUACGAUUUUAUGGUUCAAAUUGUUUUUUCAUAAAAUAUGACAAACUAAUACUGAUAAUUUAGAUUUAAAAUAAAGGUUAAUCUGUGUUUACAUAA